GAACGUGUGAAAUCGGAAGAGAUGUCGAUCACAGCCCUGAAAGCUGGUGCUCGCUCUCUGCCCAGCAGACAUCACAUGCUCUACACUGAAAAGCAUAUGGAAAUACGCAGGGAACUCCGUAAGGAUAUUUUCAGCUUUCAGUUCAUUGAUCGAUCUAUCAACCCACAUGUUAAGAAGUGGGAGGACGAUUGCAGAUUUCCCGCACAUGCCGUCUUCAAGCGGAUCGGAAACCUUGGCGUAUUGGCUGUUAAUAAACCAGAAGGCAGUUUUAUGCAUUCCAUUACAGCAUUCGGAGGACUCGGAUUGGAUUUCUCGUACUCUGUUGCUGUCGCUGAAGAGCUGGGCUCGAUUGACUGCGCCGCAAUUCCAAUGGCAGUGUGUGUUCAGACAAACAUGGCGACCCCGGCUCUUGCCGAAUUCGGCUCCGAUUCACUUCGAUCCGAAUUUUUGGCACCGUCGAUAGCUGGCGAUCUUGUUGCCUGUAUUGCAGUCAGUGAACCAGAAGCAGGCAGCGAUGUGGCAGCGAUCAGGACAAAGGCUCUUCGAAGCGGCUCCGACCUCAUCAUCAAUGGCCAUAAAAUGUGGAUUACAAAUGGAUAUCAGAAUGGAACUUCAGCAUCCAUUUCACUACCUUAUUUCUUUCGUCUUCAGGCUGAUUGGGCGUGUGUGCUCGUAAACAGCAAUAACAACCCGUCACCACAUCGAAACAAGAGCCUCGUAUGUGUGAGGCUUAAUGAACCAGGUCAUAGCAACAAAAAAGGGAAGGAACAAAUGGGCGCUAACGAGCAGCGAACUGAAAAAAGGCUUAAUUGUUUCAAGGGACAGAAAAGUGUUCAUCGCACAGCAAACUUGAAAAAACUCGGCAUGCAUUGCUCGGAUACAGCGGAAAUUUUCUUCGACAAUGUGCGGGUAGGGAAGAUAGAACUGUUUUUUAAGGUACCGGCACGCCAUAUUAUUGGUGAAGAAGGACAAGGCUUCUACUAUCAAAUGCUUCAGUUCCAGGAUGAAAGACUGGUCGCAGCUGCUGUCUUGCUUGAACCAAUUCAACGAUGUAUAACGCUGACAGCAAACUAUGCUGCUGAGAGGAAGAUAUUCGGUAGUACCGUCCUCAACCAGCAGACCGUCCACUUCACACUGGCCGAACUGCAGUCAGAAUUGGAGGCUGUACGAUCUCUUCUCUACAGAGCCGUGCUGUCGAGAAUUCACGGCGAUGACGUCACGCUUCUUGCCUCGAUGACCAAACUGAAAGCUGGUCGUCUGGCGCGGAUUGUGACGGACAGCUGUUUACAGUUCUGGGGCGGAAACGGUUUCACGUGGGAGAAUCCGGUGUGCCGGAUGCAUCGCGACCUGCGACUCCACUCUGUUGGCGCUGGAGCUGAUGAAGUUAUGUUGUCGAUCAUCUGCAAACAAAUGGGAAUCGCACCACAGAAGCAUCGGUCAUGA